UCGCAGCUCCCCUUCUUUCGCAGUCAAAUCCUACUACCAGUCGGGUGCCGCCGGAGUGCCCGGGGCUGUGGACUUAUUUUUUCUCCCCACGGGAAUCAGGAACCGGACACCUACAAAAAAAUAAAAUAAAUAAAUAAACAUCCCAGAAGAUGUUCUUCUUCCUGCUACCUGUCGUGGCUCUCUUGCUGAGCGGAGAAUCGGCGGUCUCCGGGAGCAGUAACGACAAAUGGCUGAGCACCGUGGCUCAGUACAACAAGGACAGACCCUGGAACAGAUUCAGAGAUGAAGCGGAGGAUGACUACUUCAAAAGCUGGGCUCCUGCCAAGUCUCUAGACCAAGAGCGCCAGGCCGAACCUGACGGAAACCCAGUGACUACGGCUCACACCAGCUCAGCCAAGAAGACAGUACAAGAUGGUCCGGAUGCUACCAAGGACCCCUGUCUGAAGGUUCGCUGCCCUCCUCACAAGGUGUGUGUCAGCCAUGACUACCAAACGGCCAUCUGCACCAAUCGCAAGCAGCCAACUCACAGUGUGAAACCCAGGAAAGGCAGUGCAGGACACAAGCACCGGCUUGAAGCAGGCGCUCACGGGAAAUGCAGGCUCUGCUCGGCGCUCCAGACGAGUCCCGUGUGUGGAUCUGAUGGACACACCUACUCCUCCAAGUGCAAGUUGGAGUUUCAGAGUUGCCUCUCCGGGAAGACAAUCUCACUAAAAUGUGACGGGUUGUGUCCCUGUCUGCCCGGUCAGGAGCUCAGCAAACCACCACACAAGACUGAAAAGGCCGCCUGCACUGACACGGAGCUGCACAGCCUGGCUGCCAGACUGAAGGACUGGUUCGGAGUUCUCCACCUCGACGCCAACAGAGACCUCAAAUCCUCUGACAGCUUUGACUCCGCCACUGGACACUUUGACACCAGCAUCUUGCCCAUUUGUAAGGACUCGCUGGGCUGGAUGUUCAACAAACUAGACAUGAAUUUUGACCUUCUGCUGGACCAAUCAGAGUUGAGUGCCAUUUACUUGGACAAGUAUGAGCUGUGCAUGAAGCCCCUCUUCAACUCCUGCGACUCCUUCAAGGACGGAAAGCUGUCAAACAACGAGUGGUGCUACUGCUUCCAGAAGCCUGAAGGGCUGCCUUGCCAAACGGAGAAGAGCAGGAUCCAGAAUCAAAGUCGGAGGAAGAGCCUCAUAGGCUCUUACAUCCCUCGCUGUACUGAGGAGGGCUACUUCAAACCAACCCAGUGUCACGGCAGCACCGGCAAGUGCUGGUGUGUUGACAAAUAUGGCAACGAGAUCGCUGGCUCCAGAAAACAAGGCAACCCCAACUGCGAUGAGGACCAGGAGACAUCAGGGGAUUUUGGCAGCGGCGGUGCAGUCAUUCUCCUCGACGACCAGGAGGAGGAGGAGCCAUCACAGAGCGGGCGGAGCCGGCAGAAGAAGAGGCGGGGCCGGAUUCACCCCCGAGGAGCCAUCGAAGACGACGAGGACGAGGAAGAUGACAAGGAUGACGAGAUCGGCUACGUUUGGUAGCUCCGCUCCAUUUAAAACCUGCCAUCAGCCGACCAGGAAACUCCGUUAACUCAGCACAGAUCUGAAGCCAUUCCGAUGUCGCCUCCUCCAGUUACCUUGGCAGCAGUUCAUCUUUUUGGCUCCUGAACUUACCCCUGUAAUCCCCUCGUCCUUUAGCCACAUCUCUCUGUUCAGUGAGCCCCAUCUGACCUCUUCCUUUUCAAGUGUUCUGCUCUUUCCUCAGACAGAAAACAGAGAGCCUAUUCGAUUUCAACAACAACCAUCAGGACCCUGUCAAGUUGUCCACCUUCUGCCCCCCCCACCCCAAACCUGCACUCUUAAACCUCCUCUAACAUAGACUCACUUCUCUAUCUCCUUCGUUAUCUUAUUCUGUCCCUCUCUUCUAUCUCUGUAUGUCCAUGUCAGAGCCUCUGGUCAGUCUGUGAGUCCAGAUACAUCAGCUGAUGUUCUGGAUGUAAAUAUGUUCCCUCCAGGAAGGCCAGAUUUGUGGAUUACCUUCCCUGUACUUCCAUCAGCGGUUCAUUCUCAUGUUCUGUGUUCCACCGUCGGGCUCCUUCCAGUGUUCAACGAUGUUUCCACGACACGCUCCCAGGCUCUGAGAUGCCCCCCUCUCUCUCUGUUACACUUCAUGGAGGAUUGUAAAUUAUUUAAUCGUUGAUCUUGAAUGUCCCAGAAAGCCCAGGAAACAAUGAGAUUAAUGAUGUAUUGUCGUUGUUGUUGCAUGUUUCUCAUCGUGUUUCUGUAAAAGAGAGAUUUACCUGGCCAGGUCUAGCUCUAUGCAUCUCAAACAGAAAGUGAUGCCUAUUUGGCUGCUACAAUACUUUGUUGCUAUGUUGAUGCUGUCUAGUGUCUUUUUGGUUCUUCUCCCAAUCUCAGGAGGUAGGAAGUUGCAUUGCAGAGCGAUAGCAGUGUAGAAGAGCGAACUGCAAUGCCCACGGUCCAAAUCUGCGGCGUCUCAGCCAGCUAUGCUUUUACUAAUUGGUCAUUGCUGAGGCUGUCUGACUGUGCAAGGACACUAGAGGAAGAAGCUGCUCCUGAGCUGGGAGGACACAUGAAGUCUGGUGAGCAGAGAAGAGGCUCUGUUCUGCCUCCCAACAUUGGAUAUGUUCAGUGAUUUAAAAUUGAAAUCUUCACCGUGUCAACCAAGUGAACUUUUAUUUGUAACUUUGAAAAUUUAAGUAAAGUGGCACUUUGGGUGUCUUUUGAACCUUA